UCGCCUCUUCUGCUCUUUAGGAAAUGGACAUUGACGAGAUCCUGAAAAGAGCCGAGACCAGGGAUAACGACCCCGGACCCUCCACGGUGGCAGAGGAGCUACUGUCUCAGUUCAAGGUGGCCAACUUCUCCAUGAUGGAUGAAGAGGAUUUAGACAUGGACUCUGAGCGCAGUCAGAGGAGUUGGGACGACAUCAUUCCCGAGGAGCAGAGGAGGAGGAUGGAGGAGGAGGAGAGGCAGAAGGAGCUGGAGGAAAUCUACCUGCUGCCCCGCAUGAGGAAUUGUGCCAAACAGUCGAAAUUUAGCGCCAGUUCGGGUCGGCAGAGCAGGAACAGACGGUACUCGGGUUCCGAAAGCGACUCCCCGUCGGACCGGAAGAGGCCAAAGAAGAGGGGGCGGCCUCGGACUAUUCCACGAGAAAACAUCAAGGGCUUCAGUGACGCUGAGAUCCGGAGGUUCGUCAAGAGUUACAAGAAAUUCGGAGGACCGCUGGAAAGGUUGGAUGCUAUCGCUCGUGAUGCUGAACUCGUGGAUAAGUCCGAAAGCGACCUGAAGCGUUUGGCAGAGACGGUUCACAACGGCUGUGUGAGAACUCUUCGAGAAAACCCCUCUGGACCAGAGAAGAGUUCAGGAGGCAGGAGAGGGAAGGUAAAGGGCCCGACAUUCAGGAUCUCUGGAGUCCAGGUGAAUGCAAAGCUCGUCAUCUCGCAUGAGGAAGAGCUCUCUCCGCUUCAUAAGGCCAUUCCUGAUGACCCUGAGGAGAGGAAGAAGUAUAUGAUUCCAUGCCAUUCGAAGGCAGCACACUUUGACAUUGAUUGGGGGAAGGAGGACGACUCCAGUCUCCUGAUAGGAAUCUACGAGUACGGUUACGGCAGCUGGGAGAUGAUUAAGAUGGAUCCGGACCUUAACCUCACACACAAGCUCCUACCUGACGACCCUGACAAGAAGCCACAAGCAAAGCAGCUGCAGACCAGAGCAGACUACCUCAUCAAAUUGCUCAGCAAGGACCUGGCCAAGAAAGAAGCACAGAAGCAAGCCGGGACAGCCAAUUCACGGAAGAGGAAACCGAGAAAUAAGAAGAGCAAAACUCAGAAGCCAAUUAAGACCGAAGAGGUGCUGAAGAGCACGUCCUCGGACCCCCCAUCGGACAAGAGGUCGGACGACGAGGACGAGAUCGAGGAGGAAAAGGAGGUGACACCGGUGAAGGCUCAGAGCAGACGGGGCCGAGCAGACCGGGUGGUGCCGAAGGAGGACGAGGACGAGGAGGAAGACGAGGAGGAUGAAGACGAGGAGCCUGAGCAGGAGGAAGUAUCGUCGUCGGGGGAAAUGGAGAUCAAAAAAGAAAGCAAAAAGGAGAAGAAGGACGACAGUUGGGACUUUAAAGAAACCAAGGAGCCAAAAGAGAAAAAGGAGACGAAGCCUCUGGAGGCGGUGUACAAAGAGGACAACCUGGACAAGAACGAGGUGAAGACUAAGAAACCCGGUGAUGUGCCGGUCCAUAUAACAGCGGGGGGAGAAACCGUGCCGGUGUCUGAGGAGUCUGAGGAGCUGGACCAGAGGACCUUCAGUGUGGUGCGUGAGGAACACAUUUAG